AACAUGCUCCUCAUUCACGUUUGAAUUUUCGUCGAGCACGUCGACUUUUGUCUGUUGAUCGAGACUCAUAGUUCUACCGUUCAAAAUCGAGUUUAACGUGAACGAACGUGUUUCGUUCGUCAGGGGAGAGAAAUAUUCAGAUAGAAGUUGAUAUAUUUGGGAUUGCCUGGUUCUUUAACUAGAGAAAGAGCAUCCCAUCAUCGAGCAAUCAACAACAAAAAGAAGAAUCCCGCGCGUAAUAGUCCAAUCAAAGCCCCAGCCACAACAACAACUUUGGUUAAUGAGACAAAUGUGCGCGCGUGAAAAGGCCUGAGACAAGCGCGCAACAAGUGGAAAUACAACUCGAGUUGCAACACAGCAUAACUAACGGGAAGUGGCAGCCACUCAACAAGUGUCGCCUCCGCCUGGGAUUAUCUAAUAAACCAAUACGCACCCCACCAAUAAUAACAGAUUAUAUACAUGCAUAGUACCAAAGAGCUGGAAUAAAUAUCAAAUUUAAAACAGUUUUACGUGUGUGUUUGUGUGUGUGCCUGCAUGUGUGUGAAUCGAGCAACGAAAAGCACCAACAACAACAAGAGCGCCAGCAGCAGCAACAACACUACGGCAACGUCAACAACACGCAACUGCUGUGAGUGCGACGGAGACAGCAACAGCGUGAGUCAUAAAAGUGAAAUGAAAAUGCGGAUAAAGCGAGAAGCGCCGUGUCUUCUGUUAUUUAUGCCAAUCCAAAACACGAACAACAACAAUCGCAUUGGUGCUAAUCAGAAGGACUAUCCCAACAAGCGGUCCAGGGAGAAUCUGGCAUGUGACGAGCAGCAGCAGCAGCAAGUGACAUCGACGACGUCAUCGUCCACGGCAAUGAAUGGCGGCGGACGGACGCCGCCACUGAUGCGCAGCUGCUCCAGCCCAGCGGUCUAUGACAUUGAAACACAUCCCGCCUCGCCAGUCUUCCCACAUCUAUUGCUGGGCAAUGGCCGCGACGCCGUUGAUCCGAGCAGCGUGGGCGCCAACUGUGUGCUGAACGUUACCUGCCAAAGUCCCAGCGAGAGUCAUCUGCAGGGCCUCAAGUAUAUGCAAAUACCUGCCAGCGAUACGCCCCAUCAGAAUAUCAAGCAAUACUUCCAGGAGGCCUACGAUUUCAUUGAAGAGGCACGCAAAACGGGUUCCCGCGUCCUGCUGCACUGCCAUGCGGGCAUCUCGCGCAGUGCCACCAUCGCCAUUGCCUACGUCAUGCGGCAUAAGGCGCUCUCGCUGCUGGAGGCCUACAAGCUGGUGAAAGUGGCGCGACCCAUCAUCUCGCCCAACCUCAACUUCAUGGGCCAGCUGCUUGAGCUGGAGCAGAGCCUGCGCAAGAGCGGCGUGCUGGCACCAGCCUCGCCGCACAGCGCCCCCACAUCAGCCGGAUCACCGGCGGGAUCUCCGGUAUCCCAUUCUAGUCAACUGGUAGAGCAGCCCGAGCGAGAGCGGGAGGAGGAAGAGGAGCUGCAUCAGCAGCGCAAGUCCAAGUCCGACAGCGAGGCCAUGGACGAGGAUGUGUACGACUAUGACGACGUGGACAGCGGCGCCGGUAGCUUCGCGGGCAGCAACUGCUCAUCGCGACUCACCUCACCGCCCAUUACGCCGGACGAUGAGGCGCCUAGCACCUCGGCCGCGGCCGCAGUCUCCGAACUGGAUUCUCCCUGCUCCUCCAGCAGCAGCGGUAUCUGCUCCCUGCUAUCCACAGCAUCCGCCUGCUCCGCAUCAUCGUCCUCCGCCGCAUCGCCGACGCGGCAGCUGGCCCUCUUCAAGCGCAACUCCCCCGCAAAGCUCCGGCUCAAUCUUGAGUCCAGCUACGCGCCCCCGCUGUCGCUUUUACCAAAAUCCAUAUCCUGCCUAUCCGUUAACUUUGCCCCAGCCACGCCCAGCUGUAAGACACUGCCACAGCAGCAACUGGUCAUGCAGGAUGCUCCCAAGAACAAAAGCAGCAACAACAAUAAUGUGGCUUUGGCCGCGUCACGGGACUGAGAAACGGAGCCGUGCCGCCACCAAGCAGCUGUGAAAAAACUGAAAUUUAUGUGUAUACAUUUGGGUGAUGCAAAUUGGGUAUUCCUAUGUACCAACAUCAGCAUGGACGUGGAUCGGACGAGAGAACUGCGUCACGGCGCCUGGAGACUGGAACGUGUAAAUUUUUGAAUUUGAAUUGUACAUACACCGUACCUAAGGGAUGUCUGCUCCUGGGCCAGACGGAAUACCAAUUGGAUCGUCAGAUCGAAGACCGGAUCUGACGUCGAUUGAUACUGCUAAGAGCUUUUGUAAAUGUAUUUCAAAACACCCCAACCAACAAGAAACAAACUAUGUAAUCCAAAAGAACCAACUGGAAUUGAUGGGCAGGGGAUCUGCUCUUGUGCAGAAACUAUCAUCAGUUGUUCAAGAGAAAAAUGAAAACCUCGUAUAUGUUAAUUAGUUUAAUUUAUAUCAUAAAAAGCUCCACCUAGACACUAAGCGAAUCUUAACUAUAUCUACACUAGUGUUGUGUUGCUCAUGAGUGAGUGAACAAAAAAGAGUUGUUCACUUAAGUGAGCAACUGAACAUGUUCCUUCCAAGCUGUUCUUUUUUGUUCACUUGUUCUUUGUUGUUCACUUGUUCUCUACUCACUUUUUGCGCAAUUUUGCUCCUCAAAGGGCAUUUUGCGAUCUGGCAGCUGUUGCUCAUAUUUGCGUUUACUUCACACUUUUUGUAUUACCGGCAAAGCUGUUUACUCUUUCAAAUAUUCAGUAUGUCGCUAAUUCGAAAGUAUAGUGAAAUUUGGAACCAUCUGUGCAUGAAUAGUGAACAACUGAGUGAGCAAGUCAGCAACUGAGCAAGUGAGUAACUGAGCAAUCUAAGAGAGCAAGUGAGCAAUAUGAGUGAGUUGACUCACUUACUACAAAAGAACAAGUGAACAUGUUCACCAAAAUGAGCAAUGUUUACCCAACACUAAUCUACACACACACACGCCUACAAUAUAAACUUUAUUAAAACUUCACGUAGAACAAUGAGAAUUGAAAACUAUAUUUCUGCUACCUUGCCACACAGACCCCAAAGCGUACACUUCCCAAACAACCAAAAACCAACCCACUUGGCCAUAUCCACAAGCGAGAAAAAUCUUAUCAAAACUGUUAUAAGUUUUAUCAAACAGCUAUAGCCACAACACACACACACACACACACCCCACAUAUAUUUAAUGAAAUCUGGAAGUGAGGAAAGUUUGUGUUUGUGUUUUCUAGUUUUAGUUAUUUAUGUAAACCAAGAGCGUGAGAUGAAUACAGUUUGAUUGAUUUGUAUUAGGUCGUAAGUCUUGUAGGCUAAGCUACACCCGAAAAGUGUGUUAGCCGUGUGUUAAGUAAACGGAAAUUAUAAACAUAA